CGGAGCCGGGGCGUCCUGGCAGCGCCGGAGCCGGGCAACAGAGUCAGGCUGGGCUGGCACACACCCACGACCCCCUUUCCCCGCUAUGAUGGCCCGUCAGUAGCAGGUCCCAGACCCCCCAGGGGCAUGUAGGCAGAGCCAGCUGUGGCCAGGUGCGCAGAGCCACAAGAGCGCUAGGCACUCGAGGCAGCUCUGCCUGCUGCGCGCUCUGGAGUCUGGGGAAAUGCCCAACUGACGCGCGAGCUAGUGAGGACAAGAACGCUACCUUUUGGCCCUCGUCCGCUGCAUCCAUGGCGCUGCCCGCCAGUCUUGUGCCCCUGUGCUGCUUGGCACUUUUGGCGCUGCCGGCCCAGAGUUGCGGGCCUGGCCGGGGCCCGGUGGGCCGGCGCCGCUACGUGCGCAAGCAGCUGGUGCCGCUGCUGUACAAGCAGUUUGUGCCUAGUAUGCCCGAGCGGACCCUGGGCGCCAGUGGGCCAGCCGAGGGAAGGGUGGCAAGGGGCUCCGAGCGCUUCCGGGACCUUGUGCCUAACUACAACCCCGACAUCAUCUUCAAGGACGAGGAGAACAGUGGUGCCGAUCGCCUGAUGACAGAGCGUUGUAAGGAGCGGGUGAAUGCGCUGGCCAUUGCUGUGAUGAACAUGUGGCCCGGAGUGCGCCUGCGGGUGACUGAGGGCUGGGAUGAAGACGGCCACCACGCUCAGGACUCACUACACUACGAAGGCCGUGCCUUGGACAUCACCACGUCCGACCGCGACCGCAAUAAGUAUGGGUUGUUGGCGCGCCUGGCGGUGGAAGCCGGCUUCGACUGGGUCUACUACGAGUCGCGCAACCAUGUCCACGUGUCGGUCAAAGCCGAUAACUCACUGGCUGUUCGGGCGGGCGGCUGCUUUCCGGGAAAUGCCACCGUGCGCCUGCGGAGCGGCGAGCGGAAGGGGCUGCGAGAACUGCAUCGCGGUGACUGGGUGCUGGCCGCCGACGCAGCAGGCCGGGUGGUGCCCACACCGGUGCUACUGUUCCUGGACCGGGACUUGCAGCGUCGGGCCUCAUUUGUGGCUGUGGAGACUGAGUGGCCCCAGCGCAAGCUGUUGCUCACACCCUGGCACCUGGUGUUCGCCGCCCGAGGGCCGGCGCCCGCGCCAGGUGACUUUGCACCGGUGUUCGCGCGCCGGCUGCGCGCAGGGGACUCGGUGCUGGCGCCUGGCGGGGAUGCUCUUCGGCCGGCUCGCGUGGCCCGCGUAGCGCGGGAGGAAGCCGUGGGCGUUUUUGCCCCGCUGACGGCCCACGGGACGCUGCUGGUCAACGAUGUCCUGGCCUCGUGCUAUGCAGUUCUGGAGAGUCACCAGUGGGCGCACCGCGCCUUUGCGCCUUUACGCCUGCUGCAUGCGCUGGGGGCGCUGCUCCCCGGAGGAGCGGUCCAGCCUACUGGCAUGCACUGGUACUCUAGGCUUCUCUAUCGCCUGGCGGAGGAGCUGCUAGGCUGAGCGCGCUAGGCAUUGAAACUUCCAGGCGCCGGGAAGACUGGGGCGUGCGGCUGAGAUCUGGGAAUGUGGACAGCAGAUGAUGCUGAUUAGGUGGAUGAAGGAAUAUAGAGAAGGAUGGGAGCAAUACGGGAACUGUGUGGUUUAGGGGAAACCUCAAGCUGAGAGGAGGUGACCCCGGGUCCUAGGUAGAUGGAGCUGAUGGUUGACACUCCUUGACUGUUUAGCCUCUUCUUCCUCAGUGCCUCAGCUCCACCCCAUAAUUUUAUUUUAAUUCUUUAUUUAUAAAUGUAAUAUAAUGAUCUAUUACUUACCCUGCCUGGCAAGGUAAGGGGCUGGGGCAGAGUGUUAACACUGUCUGACAGAGCCAGCCAAUCUGACGCCUGCAUUUUCUUACAGGUGUUCUAAUAAAGGGAAAGCUUCCAGGAGCUUAUUGGAAAA